AUGAAUGCAGCGCCGCCAAUGAAUGUGGGGGCCCCCUUGGAGAGGGGCGACUCUGGGGAGUCCUCUGAGAAACUCGCAGCCGAGAACAAGCCCCCCAGCGGUUCCCUCUCCAGUGGAAUAACUCACGAGGAACUUUUUCAUUUCCACAGGUGGCGAGAGAACCCUCCUAAGGGCAGGAAACAAGAGGCGACGGAUGCAGCAACACCUGGAGGCACAGCGGCUGCAGCCCCCGCAACGCGAAGGGAAGAUGCGGCUGAGGAGCCGUGGCGUGCUCCCCGCCUGCUGAGGUGUAGAGACUCCGCAGCUGUGCUCCAGCAGCAGCAGCUGCUGCAGCAGCAAGGGUGGGACCUCACGAGCAGCAGGGCGCAGCAGGAGCUCGUCGCCGCAGAAGCGGAAAGCAGCCGAGGUGCUCUAUGGGGUUCUUCCAUCCCUGCUCCCCACUUGCACUAUUGCGCAACGAGUUGCAACGGCGCGUCUAGCAGAAGCACGAACAGACGGGAUUUCAGGGCCUAUUUGCUGCCCCUGAGAGCUGGAGAAUGGCUGGCAGUCCGUCGGGCUGUUUGGUUCAGAGUUGUGAGGGGACUAGCGGAGUGCCGCGGCCACUUCUUCCCCCCCAGCUCCACCUACCACUUGGUGGUGUCUGAGGGUCCACCCCCUCCAGAAGGGGUGUCAGGAUGCAGCUCUCUGAGAGGCCUCCUCAGCGGCAGCAACGGCAGUGGCAGCGCUGCGACGACUCCUGGCAUCCGCAUCACGGCGCUGCCUGGCCCCGAGGGCUUUGCCACCGACCAUGAACACCCACAACGCGAGCAACAGCAGCAGCAACAACCCCACUACGAGGAAGGCUUCCAGGUUGCGGAAGCCUUCUUGGAAGACUUCGUCUCUGCACGCUUCCCAGUUUGCGCCUUCAAGCAGAAUUUCGACGAAUGCGCGUCCGUUCAAUGUUCUUGCCCCCUCCUGGUGCUCGCCUCCUCAUUCUGUGUGUGUAUGAGUGUAUCUGUGUGUAAUUUCUCUCUGUGGAUGCUGUGCCUCCGCCUUGGGAGCCUAGCCGUGGCUCUCUCCGGCGCACUCCUCGGAUCUCUCGCAGGUUCCAAGGAUUGCCCUCGGGCGUGUUCUGACGCACCUGCUGCACUGCGCCUGCUGCAAGUCGAUGGCCGUCUUCAGCGCACUGCCCUCGCGACGCCUCAAAUCGAGGGUCUCUUGAACCGCUUUGAUCGGCAGAUAUAUGCGGAAAGCCUCGGGAGAUGCUUGUGCGAAGGAAUGCCGCUGCUCAUGACUCGUGCUGGUUGGUGCUGCUGUUGCAGGUGGUUAGCCGCAUCUCAGCUGGUGCGCCUGUUUGGUCGUAUUCGCUCUAACCUCCGGGAGCAACACACCGCAGCAGCAGCGUGGCACACCUGCAGUACGAAAGACAGGGGCUGCUGGUGCAGCUGCUGCCGUCAGCUGCUCCCCACGGUCAUAGUUUGGGGUGGCAAGGGCACCGGCAAGUCGUGCCUUGUUUCUUUCCUCAUUAACUACACGCUCAACUUCUUCUCACAGGUAUAUCUGUUGGAGGCGGAUGUUGGACAGCCGAUAUGCUCCACACCGGGCAGCACCACUCUCCUUUCCUUCACCUCGCCCCUCCUCACGCCACCCCACAUCCUCCUCAAUGCCGUCGACGCGCAACCACCGGAGGCUUUUCCGGAGGCCCCCGCUGUUUGUUUCACCAGGGCGGCUUCUGAGGAGCAGGAAGCUUGCGAGGGCCUUGUGUCCUCCUCACCCCCUGCCGCCACCCCUGAGGUCGUUAUUCUCGAGGAAACGCAGCGGCAGCAGCACCAACAACAGCAGCAGCGCCGAGCUGGCUAUCGAGUUGUACGGCAAGUCUUUUUCGGAGAUGUGAAUCCGAAGUCUGCCCCACACAGGUAUUUGAGGUGUAUCGACACCUGCCUUGCUGCCUACAGGGGUAAUGCCUGCAGCGGGGAAUUCCAUGAAGCAGCAACAAGAGACGACGCAGCUCCACGGGCGGCACCGGAGGUAGCAGAGCGCCUUUCGGAACGCUGCUCAAAGAUUCCACAAACUACAGUUAGAUCCGCCUGCAACUGCAGUAAGAACCAGGGCAAUAUCGUUAGCAACAAGGAAGCAUGCUUAACUGCGCCCCUCAUUGUAAAUUCGCCGGGAUGGACUGACGCCGGCGUCGAGAUGGUUCAACUGCAACAGCAAGAUGACCAACAUGAGCAACAAAACGAACAACCUCAACAGCCACAACCAAGUCUACAACCGCAAACUCAGGCGCAGCAGCACAAGGGAGCAGCCGUGGUCGUGGAAGUUCCUGCGCGGCGCUCACGGGAUCUGCAGCCGCAAGCUCAGGAUACAGCAGCCGCAGUAGGAGAAACAGGAAGCCCUUUAAAGAAGGCCAAGAAGGCUCAAAUAUUGCCGAAUGUUCAGACCACAGCUGCAGAAAAAGUAGUGCCUGCGGAUUGGACAGAGACACUGAGGCAUAUAUACACUGCAAAUUUUCCUCAAACCUUUCGUUGCCUGCGGCUCCCGCAUGACCGCCUUUCGUGCAGCCGUGGCAACAGCAGCGGCUGCAGCAGUAGUGUUGAUGGCAAAGAGGUGAACUCGGUUGUAGAAUUGUUGCGGCAGAAUAGCCGCAAGGAGACUCCUUUUCACACGUGA